AUGUUUGCAAACCCACUAUUCAAAGCGUCAAAGAGAUUCCAGUCUUCAGUAGCGUAUCAGCAAGUGAUGGCCAAGAUCAAACAGGACUUGAAGAGAUCAAUGUUGGACAAAGAUACGGUAAAGAAAAAUGGAAUAAAAAUGAUAAUGUCCAGAGUAAAGGACACGGAGAUAGAUGGAGCUUCCCAAAACGAGUUCGUUCUAUUUCAAACACUUAGCAAGAUGAAUAAGCAAAGAAAGCGAGCAGUGGAAGAAUAUGAGGGUCAAAACAGGGAAGACUUGGCCGCUGUUGAAAAAUUAGAGAUUGAAAUCAUCAACGGUUACUUGAAAGAUUUACCAGUAGCUUCUUCAGAAGAAUUGGAGGCUUCUCUUAAAGACUAUUUAACCAAAAUAAAAGCUACAGAGGGCAAUGUACCUAUGGGAAAAUUAUUUAAAUUAAUUCUGUCUGAACUUGCCCAGAAAUGGAGAUCAUCACCCGAAUUGGUAAAGCCCCUAGUACCAAAGAUUUACAAACAAGUAUUUACUAAGUAA